CCAAGCCCAGCGCGCCCCAACCCCCCCAAAACGGCGCCGCCCGGCUGGUUUUGGGCUGUCAGCAGCUGUCCGGCGCUGGGCAUGGAGCGUGUGCGGGGAGCUGGGGCCGUGCUGGCGGUGCUGGUGGUGCUGGGAGCCCCCCCGGCUGCGGGCGAGGAGCUGUCGGGGGUGUUCCACGACAUGUUUAAAUACGAGUGUUACUUCAUCAACAGCACCGAGCGGGUGAGGACCAUACUGAGGCGCAUCUACAACCGGGAGCAGUACGUGCACUUCGACAGCGAUGUGGGGGUGUUUGUGGGGGACACCCCGCAUGGGGAGAAGGUUGCCAGGGAAUGGAACAGCGACCAGGACAUUCUGGAGUACGUCCGGUCUCUGGCAGAUGGGUGCUGCCGGCACAACUACAAGUGUUACGGCCCGUUCAGCGUGGAGAGGAGAGUGCCCCCCAGCGUGUCCAUCUCGCUGGUGCCGUCGAGCUCCCAGCCCGGCCCCGGCCGCCUGCUCUGCUCCGGGAUGGAUUUCUACCCUGCGCCGGUGCAGGUGAGGUGGUUCCAGGAUGGGCAGGAGCUGCCGGAGCACGUGGUGGCCACCGACGUGGUCCCCAACGGGGACUGGAGCUACCAGGUGCUGGUGAUGCUGGAAAUCCCCCCCCGGCGUGGGGUCACCUACAGCUGCCAGAGAUGCCACCGGACACCGUCCGCAGCAAGAUCCUGGUGGGGGUCGGGGGCUUCGUCUUGGGCUUGGUCUUCCUGGCGCUGGGGCUCGGCUUCUACCUGCGGGAGAAGAGCUCCUGAGCCACCAGCAGGCGCAGCCCCUCCCCGUGGCCUCGGGCCCAGCCGGGACCCCCCAAACCAUGCGCUGAUUUUGGGGGGUUGCAUGUCCCCCCCUUCCCUGUAUUUCUUCCCGCACUAACCAGCUGUUCCCAGUGUUCCCAGUAAAGCUUCUCAGUGCUCUGCA